AUGGAGAUUGAGGAUGGAAAAGCCAAAUCAUCACAAAAAGAAGAAGUGAUGACUCGCUUAGAGAAAUCAAGUGGAAAAUUGCAGAGAACGAACGAAGCAUUGCAAGAACAAUUGAAACAGGAAAGAAACAAAGCAGAAGAGCAAUACCAAAAGGCAAAACAAGAAUUUGAGCAGAUUCGUCUUGCAAUAGAUUCUUGUAAAAAAUCCACGACAAGAAAUGAUCAACUAUUCGCAUUGUUAAAGGAUGGUUUAGAACAAAAGGUUGAAAUAUUGCAAGAACAAUUGGCUCAGGAAGUUGAAAAAACUUUGAAUCUUGUUGAUGAUCUGGCACGCAAUGAGAAGGAGUGCACUAAACAUAGAAAUAUGAAUGAGAAUCUCAGUGAAAAAAUCAAUGAAUUGCAAGAUGAAAACAAAUCAUUGAUUCAAUCCUCUGAAAAAGAUAAGGCAGAAUUGAAUCUGUUGAAUCAAUUGUGUGAAGAAUUGAGGGAAAAGAAUGAAAUUGUUCAAAAGACAGUUCAACUAAAUGAAGACCAAUUUCAAAUGCUGAAAGAACAACAAACUGAGAAUUUGAAAAAUCUGGAAGAAACUCGUUCUUGGUACAAUGCACUUAUUUCUACAAAAGAAAGUCUUUUUGAAUCACGUAAAAAUUCGUAUCAAAAAAUAAUUACCGUGCUUGAAAAUCAAAUUGAGAGUGCAACGAAAAAUAUGAAAGAACAAGAGAAGAAAAGUGCCAAAUAUAAAAAGGCAUAUUUGGAAUUAAGGCAAAAAAACGAGCAGUUGGAAGGGGAAAUCAAAGUUUUAACACAUGCCUCACAAGAUAGAGAUUUAUUGAGAGACAGAGUGGUUGAAUUGACCAAAACGGCUGAGAAUGAAAUGUUGCUUACUACUCAAAACAUGGAGAAGUUAAUGACAAGAUUUGGUAAUUUAGAUGAAAAGAGCACUCAACUUGAAACAAGUGAACUCAAAGCUUGUUAUGAACGUGAUAGAUUUGCUGAAGAAAACAAGGAAUUGAAAAACAAGGUUUCUGAUUUAAAUAGCAAGUACGAAACACAAAUGAAAUUGGUGAAUGAAUUGACUAGUCAACUAAAGUCCUUGAAAAAAAAGAAGAAUGAUUAUAAGGAAAGCUCAAAAAGAAAUCAAGAAUUGGUUUUGGAAUUGGAAGAGCAAGUCAAUAGACAGAAUUCUCUGAAUUCAAUUGCAUCACCAAUUAAGGAAAUUCUUACAAAUAUUGGAAAUGAUUCACAACAAGAAAUUGAAGAUCAAUCGUUGUGCAAUAUUUUGUUAUCUACUUCCAAUCAAAACGAAAACAACCAAAAUUCACAUCAUAACACAACUACUGAAUAA